GCCAAACAUUCAACACUGCAGCCUUCUGCGCCAAACACCCAGCUUCUGACUAAAGGAAGAGGAUAACAAUCUUGAGACAAAAUCCCACGCAACGCAAACGCGCGCCAAACGCAUUGUAGUCGAACCACCGCUAGCUCCGCCAGCUGGCCUCAAGCCACAAUCAUGAAGCAGCAAUGGCUGCACAGCAUAGGGCUGCUGUUGCUAUCAACCAUAACAGCAGUAGCAGCAAUCGACGUCACACUUACUCGCGACGAUCCUCAGAAAUGCUCGGGCAUGUACAGCAAGAAAUCAUGGGGUGGGAAGGUCGAGCCGUUCAUCCUCGUCAAGUUCCUCAAGAAGGGAGACCAGAACAAGGGGAUUGAGGAUCCCACAGUGGGCGUAGUCAUCUGGGAAUGGAAAGACUCGCUACUGCUAGGCAAGCCGACUGAGAUGCCUGUUGACGACCGCUCCUACAUCUGUAACGACGAUGCGAUCGAUGCGAAGCUCUGCAACGGAACACACAAGGGCGAAUGGAUCCUAGCCGACAAUGCCGACUCUGUAUCCAAGAUGUACAUUCGAACUGAGGCCGUUCACCUCAACGACCCCAAACCGAUUAACUACCCGGUCGCCAGCGGAGAGCGAAAGCUGGCAAUCAAGACAGGGUACUACUGCGUCGCUACCGCUGCCUACACGAAAGAAGUCGAUUACGAAGCAAUCAUCACAUUCCGCAAUGCGUAUGGCGAGCUCCCAGCGGCGCAAAUCGCAAAGCUCCCCUUCUACGGCGGCAUCACCAUCGUAUACUUUGUAGUGCUGCUCUUCUGGGGUUUCCUGUAUUACCAGAACAGGCACGACAUCUUGGCGGUUCAGAACUACAUCACAGCCAUUCUGGUCUUCCUGGUGGUAGAGAUGCUCAUGACCUGGGGCUUCUACGACUACCAGAACCGCCAUGGCAACAACAUUGGAACGAAGGUGCUCAUGGUCGUUGUUGCCGUAUUGAACGCGUUCCGUAACUCGUUCUCGUUCUUCCUGCUGCUCAUCGUGUGCAUGGGCUACGGUGUCGUUAAGCCUUCCCUUGGCAAGACCAUGACCAUCGUUCGCUGGCUGGCUGUGGCUCACUUUGUCUUCGGUGUCAUCUACGCUGUCGCAUCGCUCACUGUCCGUCCUGAUGACGCUGGACCUCUGGUCCUGCUUGUUAUCCUACCACUGUCUGCCACGCUGACUGCUUUCUACAUUUGGACUCUAAACUCUCUAAAUCUUACAAUGAAGGACCUCAUGGAGCGUAAGCAGCACGUCAAGGCCACGAUGUACAAGAGGCUCUGGUGGUGCAUCUUGACCAGCAUCGUUGUUAUCUUUGGGUUCUUCUUCAUCAACAGUUUUACAUUCGCCGGUGCCUCCACUCCGGACUUUGCACCAACACAUUGGCAGACAAGGUGGUUUGUUUUGGAUGGCUGGCUAAAUUUGGUCUACCUGGCUGAUGUUUGCUUUGUUGCAUACAUGUGGCGACCAACUGCCAACAACAGGAGGUUCGCUAUGAGUGACGAGAUUGCUCAAGACGACGAAGGUUUCGAAAUCGCUUCCAUUCGCGACUCACUCGACGAGGAAGAUGGUCCAUCAGACCACCCUCCAUCGUACGAUCCAGUGCGACCACAGCGCGACGCUGCCCGCGACGUUUCGCCGCUACCUGCUCCUCAGCCACAGAAGCCUAUUCAUCCUCCGAGGGAAUCUCUUGAUGGCGAUACCAUCUUCGCAGUAGGCGAAGACGACAAAUGGAGCGACGACGACGAUGAUCUAGAGCCGGCAAGCCCGAAAGGCAGCGAUGAUGAGCAUGCAAGACUAACGAGUCACGCAAGUCAAAGUCGAAAGGACGAUUAGUUGUUGGUUCAUCGAUGAGGUUCUUGGGGGGCAUUAGUUCUUGGAGCUGGCGUUUGGGAAUUAGGCAAGCUGCCCAUUGUGAGGCUAUGUUUUGAUUAUGACUAGGCAUAUCUAGCGCAUCUAUCUACUUGAUACCCGUAGGGGGAAUC